AUGAGCUGGCAAGGCUGGGUCGAUCAAACCCUGGUGGGAUCCAAAAAGAUUGACAAAGCCGCUAUAUUCUCAGUAGCAGGCGAUGCUCUACUUGCAACAACUACAGGAUUCAAUGUUCAACUAGGGGAGGUUCAGUAUAUGUUAAGAGGCUUUGAGGAUUCAAUCCCUCUAUACUCUGGUGGGCUCUAUGUCGCAGGGGAAAAGCUUAUGGUUACCAAAGCAGAUGACCAAAACAUAUAUGCCGAGAAGGGCAAAGAGGGUGUUUGUGUGGUGAAAUCAUCGCAGUCAAUAGUUAUCGCACAUUAUCCCGAGACAGUGCAACCGAGAGAGGCUGCAAGCAUUGUUGGACAGUUGGCAAAUUACUUGACUAGUAUAGGAUAUUAG